AUGGAUUCCGAAAAAAAACGAUCUUGCUACACUCAACUUCUCGGUGUUUUUCAUGACAUUGGCGAAGCUCUAGACAGCGGUAAAGAAGCUGAUAUGAUUUACUUGGAUUUUUCGAAAGCCUUCGAUUCUGUUUCCCAUCUAAAACUUCUACUUAAACUUCAACAGCACGGCAUUUCGGGCUUGUUAUUGAAUUGGAUUUCGGAUUACUUGAGUAAUAGACGUCAAACGAGGAGUGGUCAACGCAGUCGCAUCUUCCUACCUUCGUGCCACCUCGGGGGUUCCACAAGGAAGUAUACUUGGUCCACUCCUGUUCUUGAUUUAUGCAAAUUAUCUUACCGAAGCAGCUAA